AUGGCCCCCAGGAGGGUUAUUAUAGAUACGGACCCUGGUGUCGACGAUGUUGUUGCUAUGCUCCUGGCGUUUUCCGCUUUGCCAGAAGAGCUUGAGGUCUUGUUGCUGUCUGUGACAUACGGCAACAUUGAUGUGCAAAAUUGUCUUCGGAAUGUGGUGUCCCUAUUCUUCCACAUUGAGAAAGAAAUCGAAUGGCGCAAGUCACAAGGAAAGACAUUAGGCUUCGAUGGACUUCGAAAGCAGAAGCCUCUUGUUGCCAUUGGACCAGAACAUCCUCUUGCUGAUCAGCUAUUGAUGGCUGACUUCUUCCAUGGCACCGAUGGGCUUGGGGGAAUCCACGAAACGCACCCACGCUUUACACCUGCAGAGACUUGGAAGCAAUUGUUCACGCAAGCCGGGAGCAGCCAAAGCCCUGCUGACCGUAUCAUUUCGACCGAAUUGCAAAAUGCAAACGCAAUGUUCACUCCAUCUCAAGCACCAGCAGACGAAGAGAUUCUUCGGCUUCUCCGCGAUAAUGAGCCAGACACGAUAACGAUUGUCGCUAUUGGACCAUUGACGAACCUCGCGCUUGCGGCUGCAAAGGAUACGGAAACCUUUCUCAGAGCGAAAGAGAUAGUUGUCAUGGGUGGAACGAUAUUCGAGCACGGCAAUAUUACUCCUUGCGCCGAGUUCAACACAUUUGCGGAUUCGUACGCUGCGGCUCGCUUGUAUGCACUCACCUCCCCAAACCCGAGCUCUACCAUGCCGCCUGCCCCUCCAGCGCCUGCAGGUCAGCCAGAAGGACAACAUCCUCCACCUUAUUUGGCGCCAUACCCAGAGAACCUUUCGCGGCGGUUGAAAGUAACUCUCUUUCCGCUCGACAUAACCGAGCAACACAUCCUCUCAAGAGGAACUUUCAGGAAGUUCCUUGAACCUCAGGUUGCCGCUGGAAGUCCUCUUGCUGACUGGGCUGCUGCAUUCUUGACUGCCACAUUCCACAAGGUUGAGUCGCUACAGCAGAACCUCUCUGGAGAUGCGGUUGGAUUGCAAUUGCAUGAUCCACUGACUAUUUGGUACUGCAUGGCGACCACUCUUACAGGUAAGUCCACAUCAAUCUUUAAGGAUGAAGACUUGCGAGUCGAGACUUCUGGUCAAUGGACUCGCGGGAUGUACGUUAUUGAUCGCCGGACACGUAAGAAGCUCGAAGAAGGGGAUCCAGAGGCUGGUAGUGACCAUGGCAAGUGGUUGAGCGUGAAAAGUGGGAAUCGUCUUGACCGAUGCAUCGGAAGCCCUCAGACGAGCGGGCAGCAGCCAUUUGGAGAGUUUCUGUUGCAGCGAGUCUUCGGCAUCGAGACAUGA